AUGUUACCGCCAGUGCCAUCCCCGGCCGAGUAUGGGAUUACCCCAGAAUAUGGCUUCCUCUCCCCGGAGUUGCCACUAGAGAUCCUCCCAGAUCCCUACUACGCCAAAUGGGAGAAGAUUGUUCAGAAUCUGCAGGCAUUGAUUCUAAGCAAGGGACUGCGACCAAUGGUAGAGCGUCUACCCAUACUUUCCACCUCACACUUGAAGUCCGAUGCUGAGUGGCGUCGUGCAUAUGUCGUACUUGUAUUCAUAUUGCAUGGUUAUGUUUGGAGUGGCAAUUACCCAGAAGAGAGGAUCCCACCUCAGCUUACAGUACCCUUGUUCGAGGUUUGUGAACGACUCGAAGUCCCACCCGUCGCAACAUAUGCCGGGGUUUGCCUUUGGAACUACAAGCCGAUCUUCCCUGACGAGCCAGUCAAUACUUUGGACAACCUAGCUUGCCUACAAACAUUCACCGGGUCCCUGGAUGAGCAAUGGUUUUACCUUGUCUCCGUUGCCAUCGAGGCACGGGGAGGGCCCUCUAUUCCCCUUAUGCUCCAGGCAAUCACAGCAGCCCGCACAGGCGACAGCCAAACCGUCACAGACUGUCUGCAACGUCUAGCUGAAACAAUCGACGAAACGAACACCUUAUUGCAAAGAAUGUACGACAACUGUGACCCAUACGUGUUUUACAACCGGAUCCGCCCUUAUCUGGCCGGAAGCAAGAACAUGUCCGACGCAGGCCUGCCAAAUGGCCUAUUAUACGACGACGGUCACAACCCUGAAUACCGUCAAUACGGCGGUGGCAGCAAUGCGCAAAGCUCGCUGAUUCAGUUCUUCGACAUCGUCCUCGGCGUCGAACACCGCCCAACAGGCACAACUCAAAACGAUAAAGAUAAAGCCGACGUCAAGUCCCGAAACAGUUUCAUCCAUGAGAUGCGCACAUACAUGCCCGGCCCGCACCGACGCUUCCUCGAAGAUGUGGACUCCAUCUCGAAUAUCCGAGCGUUUGUCGAAGCACGCCGCUCCAACUCGGCCCUCUGCAUGGCUUACGACGCAUGUCUUGCGAUGCUCCGUGUCCUGCGCGAUAAACAUAUCACCAUGGUAUCACGGUACAUUAUUCUUCAAUCGCGAGCGAAGCCCAAUACCGGCCGCACGAACCUGGCGACUGCAACGUCUGAGAAGAAGAAAAUGCGUGGCACAGGUGGUACGGCAUUGAUCCCCUUCCUCAAGCAGGCUCGUGAUGAGACAAGUGAGCCGGCUAUCGAUGCUUGGGCAAGGAGGUUGCUCAGCAACCCAACGGAUAAGACUUUCGCAUCACUGAGCAAGGUUGGAGAGCAGCCAGAUGGCCAUCUUGAGGUAGUUGGGCUUUGUGGAACUUGGACAGCAGAGGAGAGCGAGGGAGGUAUUUGCCAUUGGUAG